AAGCAAAGAGAGAGAGAAAGAGAGAGAGAGCUGAGUGGUCAGAGACAAGAUCGUGUCCUAUUCUUCUGUGAACGAGUUUGUGAACAAGUGGAUAUAGAGGAAGAUAGUGCGCGUAUCGGGACAAAGAGGAUUGCAUUUUUUUUUUUUUUUUGAGGGCUAAGAAAUUAUUUGGUAUUUUCGUCGAGGAGAAGAGAAUGGGUUUGUUCACCACGUUGCUCGUGUUGUGCGCUCUAAACGUGAUUCUGAUGCCGAAUACGAUUUACGCCAGACCACCCUCCUUGCUUAGCAGGCAAAGGCGGGUAUCGGAUCAAAUUCUCGCCGAGAGAGAGACAGAUAUCGGAUUGGGCGAGGUGAAGGGGAUAAUAAAGGUGGUUCCAGUUGGAUUCGGUGCGUUUGAUCUACAGAGGAUAGGUCGCAGAAGAAGAUCCGCGAUUAAUAACAAACUUGAAACUUUGCAACGUAUCAUGCAAAUCAUUAAUAACAAUCCUGAAUUGCUCGACAAGGAUAAUAUUCUUUCGUCACCGGUGAAAUUAAUGGAGAGUCGACAAACAUCGAGCGAAGAAUAUCCAUUUAUUUAAUUUCGAAACACGAAAAUCGUGCUGGAUCACAGGGCAAGCACGAAGACAGGGUCGAGAGAACGAGGUAUAAUGAAGAAAAAGAAGAAGAAGAAGAAGAAAAAAAGACAAAAAAAACGAAAGAAGAAAAAACAAGAGCAGAAAGAAAAGAUUUUGAGAGAGCAAGAAAAAAAAAAAGAAGAAAAAUAUUAUACGCGAUCUCUCGACCCUAAAAACCGCCUACAAACAGUAUUACGGACUGUCCUUCGUCCGAAA